UGCUCGAUGUUGUUGGGUGAGGACGCACUUUGUGUUGCCAUUGACGCGAGGAUGGAGGGUGUGCUUGGUGAGGAAGGUGGAAAAGUUGAGAGUAAUUUGAUACCUUGCAGAACUUGUGGAAGAACUUUUUUGGCAGCAACACGGUUGAAGCAUGAACCCAUCUGUCAAAAAAAUGCUAACAAGAAGAGGAAGACCUUUGACUCCAGUAGACAGAGAGCUGAAGGAACUGAUAUUCCCACCCUAAAGCCUCUAAAGCCCAGGCCUGAGCCUCCCAAAAAGCCCUCAAAUUGGAGACAGAAGCAUGAAAGCUUUAUUGCUGCCAUCAGAGCAGCCAAAAAGGCUACCCAAAUAAUGAAGGAAGGGGGUACUCCACCACCCCCACCACCACCUUUAUAUGAUCCAGAUUAUGUCCAGUGCCCUUAUUGUCAGAGAAGAUUUAAUGAGAAUGCUGCUGAAAGACACAUUUCUUUCUGCAAGGAACAGGCUGCUCGUAUGACCAAGCUUAAGCAUUCUAGUGCCAAAGGGAAACAAAGCUCUCCAACACAGUACAAAUCUCCAGUGCUUAAGAAGACUAACUCUCCAGUUUCAACACCUAGUGCAUCAACACGUAUUCCCCAACCUUCUCUUGGAAAAACUGUAACAGUAUUUUCUACCACCAAAGGUAACUUGCCAUCAGCCAAUGAAAAUAAGCUUCGAGAUGGGUCACCAGUAAAACGGAGUCCCUCUGGUGCUGGUAAUAUUUCUGGAGCAGGAAGUCAACCCACUAGGUCUCGAACGCUAACACCACCUAGUGGAACUAGAAAUACUGCUGCAACAGGGUCAGUGAAUAGAAAGACCCACAAUGCUGAGAAUUAUUUAAGAAAUAAUGUUAAAUCUGGUUUGGACACCAGAGAUAGUUCCUUGACCUUCGGUGAUGGCAACAUAAAAGGCAACAUCAGAAACUCAUCUAGUCAACAACUGCCAAGAUUUUGUCAUCAAUGUGGAACCAAGUAUCCUGUGGAAGGUGCAAAAUUCUGCUGUGAAUGUGGAAUGAGAAGGUUGAUGCUUUGAUCAUAUAAUAUGAAUAUUUUCCAAGGAAAUAUUAGUACAAUUUUCAAAGCAUUUUCAUACAUGAGCAUUGCACUGUUCAACAUUACAAAAUUUAAUCCAAGAUCAAAAUGCAUCACUUAAAGACAAAUUACAAUAAUUAAAACAAUAGAGCAAUCUUUGAAUUAUAUGCAGUGCAAUAUAAGCAAUUAUAAAAUUGUAGUGUUUUAUAAAAUUGCUAUUCACGUUAUAUCGGAGUGCUUGUUUUUCCAAUUGGCUGCCAUACAUUGAGUGAAAGUAGUCUGCAUAACAGAGAAAUUCCUCUGCUUAUCAGGUGAAAGUAAAAUUUAACAUCCUUUGGUGACUUAAUAGAGGUACAAUGAAAUGUAACAUUUGGAAAGUGUAAUCCCGAUAAAUAUGUUGCAGCUCAGUUGUCCAAAUGUAAUAGCAAGUUCAUUAUUUCUUGAGUACAGUAUAAACUUGAUAAUGCAAAUAAUACAUUGCUCAGCAAAUUAUAAAAAUGGAAUGUAUCAAAUGUAGCAAAGUAAAUUCAUUCUGCAAAAAAUAGGAAUAGGAGAAAAAUGUCAAGAUGAAAGCAUUCACUUCACCUCGUGUAUCAUAUAUCAGUUUAGUUUACACACAUCACUUUGUCACAAACUAUGCUGAAUAUUUGUAUGGCUGCUGCAAAUUAUACAGAUACAGUGCCAGUUUAGAGCUGUUAUGUUGGUAAAUGUCUAUGACCAGCUUGUUGGGUUGAUAGCCAUUUUCUCAUUGGCAAAGCAUUUUAACUUCUGACACUGAAAAUGUAACUGCAUGAUAUUAUGGUUUGAAAGUAAAUCUAUCUAUAUGCAGAUUAUUGUGACAACACAGGAUUGAGAUUUAAAGUCCUCGAAAACAAACAUUAUAUAGAAACAGGUUCUAUACUGGUACAAGCUUACAUAUAUUCAGUCAUUGUGCUGAAUCACAUUUCUCUUGUAGUGUUAGAAAUUGCAAUUUAGUGUUCUGUUAGUACCACUGUGCAGUGUUUAUUCAUGUAACUAGCAGAUGUUUUAUGUAAAUAAUCUGAUAUUUCUAAAUAUCAAAAGGUAAACCCAAUGAUAUUGAAAUGUUAAACACUCAGCCCUGCGGACUUUUUUUGAAUAAAAUGGAUCCUGAAAGUCAUCCAGCAACUCUUAAAUAUAGAAAGAAGACAAUGUAGAUGUUUUCUUUUGUUCAUGAUUUAUUUAUUUGAAUUUGCUAUCUCAAUGUAAUGAAAGUUCAUCUAUCAGAAAGAAUCUUUUUUUAUUUUGUUUUUGGAAUCUCUAGAAAUAGUUAUUUAGGGAUCCAGUCUUGGUCUGAUAUAAAUCAUGAAUCAGAAAGUUGUGGAUCAUUGUUCCAAGACGUAAGAAUGUAUUGAAUCUGGCAAUCAUUGCAGUACUGGGUUCAGUACUCACUGGUGCUGACUUUCACAUGAGACUUUCAAGGACCUGUUAACCUUGUGGUGAAAUUAAAAGAUUCCCAUGCCACUAUUUAAAAGUUAGUAGCAUCUGUCUUGCAUCCUAGCCAAUGUUUAUCCCCCAAUUAAUAUCACAUUUGUUUUUGCUGAUUAGCUGCUCACUGUAUGCCAUGUUUCUCUAAGAACAUUGACUCCAUUUAAAAUGUAUUUUUGAUGUGAAAGUAUAGCAGGACACCUAUUGUCUUGAGCCAAGUGGCUUAAUUCUGCUCCUAUGUCUUAUAGUGUGUAAUAUAAAAGGGGGUUGGCUGAUUGAGAAAGUAACCUGGUAAUGAAUUACAUCACAUUUUUGGCAGUAAAUACAUUAAGUACCACUGAAGUUACUCAGUGGAACAAUUUUAUAAGAAACUUUGUUUAUUUUAAUGGAAUUCCUUGUAAUAACUUAAGUUUAUUAAAAGAGUAGAAGAUAGAAUUUUCCUUGUUGUACACUGGUAUCAUAUUAGAGGGGACAGGGUCUUAUAUAUGGGGAAAUAAUCCGCUUGUGUUAGGUUAGCUUAAUAGUUGUUGUUCCUCCUCGCCUUAAACUCACUUUGUGCUUGUUCAGCCUUAAAGCUUAUAAGAAGCACAGCAUUGUGAAACGGUCUGAAUUUAAAGGAAUUUGAGGAUCUUGAAACAAAUGUCUGGAGAUGUUCGUGAAUCUGUGAUGGCCACACUUGCCAUUAUGUAAUAUCUAGAUACUUAGUAAUUGAAGAUUGUGCUUUUUUUUUAAAAAAAUGGGCUUUCGAUCUGCCUACUUUAUGGUGUCUAAGAAGAUCUGGAGCACUGGGGAAUGUUUGUUCCAUUUAGAAGAAUGUUCAGAGGUGUCACAUACAGUAUUCAGUAUAGGAAAAGGCUCUUCAACCCAAUUAAUAUGUUUCAGGGUUAUCCAGCAUGAAAACAGGCUUUUCCACCCAAAUGGUCCAUACCAACCAUGUUGCCUACUUGAGCAUUUCCCAUUUGCCUGCUUUUGGCCCAUGUCCCUCUAAAUCUUCCCAAGCCAUGUACCUGUCCAAUUGUCUUUUAAGCAUUAUAAUUGUACCCAUUUCUACCAUUUACUUAGUUCAUUCUAUACCAACCUCUGUGUGGAAAAAGCUGCCCCUAGGAUCUGCUUUAAAUCUUUCCCCUCUCACCUUAAAACUACAUCUUUAGCUUUAACUCCCCUAGGAAAAAGGACUGUGUCCCUCAUGAUGUUAUAUCCUUCUGUAAGGUCACCUUCCAGCUUCCUACACUGAUGUUCAUAUUCAGUUGUGUUCAUUCUCCAUGCAGGUAUCUUUCUUUCCAUUUCUCAUCUUCCUCAUGCCAGCCUUUGAGGAUAUUUCUAUUCCCAGUUCUCUCAUACAUACACUUGAUUUCAUUGUGAAAAUGCCUCAAGAAUUUGCUGAGAUAGGGAGCACCAAGUUUUUUUGCAUUCCUGAGUAAAAAAAAUCCUCUAUUAAGGCUGAUUUAUACUUGUGCGUCAAAUGGAUGCCGUGACCUACGCAAGUGGCCUACGCGCGUUGUGAGCAUUUAUACUUAUGCGUUGGUGUGUCUGCGUUGCUCUGCAAUUCGGGCACAUCGCACAUGCGCACGCACCUGCCCGCGCAAUGCUUCAUGGUCAUGGUAGUCUUUCUCGGGGUAAACAAGUUUAAAGCGAGCUUCUUUUUUCGUAAAAGUGAAAUGUGUCCUCCAUAAUUUUGGAGGUCUAUAAAGCUUUAUGGAAAGCAUUGCAGCCAGAGUUCCUUCCCUGCCCUUCAGUCGGCCCAUAGGAAGCUAUUGCAGCGUAGGAGGAAAUGCAAUGCUACCAGGCGGACCAAUCACAGAUGUUGCGGUCUGCGUUGCUGUGACGCGUGGUUACAUUUCGGGAGAGGUGCGCAUCAGGCUACGGCGUAGGGAUCCGCAUAGGCUCCACGUAGGGUUCACGGCGACGCUGUAGGUACGGUGCGGAGUUGACGUACAAGUAUAUAUCAGCCUUUAGAUUCAUCAGUAUUUAUACUCCACUUGUUGAAGACUGCAAAAAUUUAAAACGUUCCAUUUUUCCCCAUCUAACUACCUAAUAACAUUAAAGUGACCUUUAUAUUUCCUUGGAAACCAGACAUAAAGUGUGGUCUUACCAGGAUAAGCCAUAAGUUUAACUGUUAGCAUUUUCAAUUUCUUGCCGACCUCUGACACUGCACUAAUAGAUCUGUCCCUCUAUUCCUUUGCUCCUAUGACCCUUUCAGUUUCUCUUUUAAAGGUGUGGAUUAUUUUUCUGUUUUUCCUAUCAAACAGCCACAUAGAAUGCUUAUAGCAGUGGUCCCCAACCACCGGGCCGCAAAGCAUGUGCUACCGGGCCGCGAGGAAACGAUAUGAGUCAACUGCACCUUUCUUCAUUCCCUGUUACGCCCACUGUUGAACUUGAACGCACGCGAGGUCAUCAGUCGGUCAUUAACCUGCAACUACUCAAUGAGUAAAACACAAACGUCGCUUGAGAGUUUCUUUGGAAGAGAUGGUAGGGGACAUAAAAGGCCUAAUGAUGAUGAUAAUGCAGAGACAGCUGAGGCUGAGACUGCCAAAAAAAAACAAGCUUCCUUCAACAGAAAGUACGACGAGUCGUACGUAAAAUAUGGCUUUAUUGCAACCGGUGACUCCAAGCCCCCGGUGUGUGAUAUGUGGAGACAAGCUGUCUAAUGAGGCAAUGAAGCCCUCAAAACUGCUUCAGCACCUUGAGUCCAAGCACCCUGCAUUUAAAGACCAAACCGUUGAGUUUUUUGAGCGGAAAAAACGUGAGCAAGCGGGACAGAAGCAAGUGUUGAGAGCCACCACCUCCACAAAUGCUGCUGCUCUGAGAGCGUCAUACUUAGUGGCUGGCUGUAUUGCUCAGGCUAAGAAGCCUUUCACUGUUGGUGAAGAAUUGAUUCUGCCUGCUGCCAAGGACAUGUGCCGUGAACUGUUGGGAGAAGCUGCAGCUAACAAGAUGGCACAGGUUUCUCUUUCAGCUACCACAGUCUCAAGGAGAAUCGAUGACAUAGCGGAGGACAUCGAAGCACAGCUGUUGGAAUGGCUUAACGAGUCUGGUUUCACUACCCGAGUCAAAGCGGUUGUUCCUGAAUGCCAGUUUACACACUGUGUCACACACUGGGAAAUGCUGGCUGGCCGAAAAAUGUCACCUGAUCUUAACAGCGUAUUGAGUGACGUUGUUGAAGUUAUCAAUCACAUCAAAACAAAAGCUCUUAACUCAGCAGCUUUGCGAGGAAAUGGAUGCAGAGCACAAACGCCUUCUCUUACACACUGAAGUCAGGUGGCUAUCAAGGGGCAGAGCCCUGGCCAGGGUUUUUGAGUUAAGAGAGCAGCUACAGAGAUUUCUUUCAAGAAAAAAGUCACCACUGGCAGCACACUUCAGUGACGAGGAGUGGAUAGCAAAACUCACUUAUCUGUGUGGCAUCUUCAACCUGCUCAAUGAACUCAAUUUGUCGCUUCAGGGGAAAAUGACAACUGUCUUCAAGUUGACAGAUAAAAGUGUCUGCUUACAAAGCCAAACUGGAACUGUGGGGACGGCGAGUGGACAGGGACAUAUCUGAGAUGUUCCCAACAUUAGCUGGGAAUUUGGGAGAGACUGAGGCUCACAGCUGGUGCACGAACACUUAUCUUCACUGUCGACAGAAUUUGAGCGUUACUUCCCAGCCACAAACGACCCAAGACGUGCAAAGGAAUGGGUCUAUGACCCAUUUGUGAAUGUCUCUGGUGAAUCAUCUAUGUCAGCGCGGGAAGAAGAUCAACUCCUCGAUCUUGCAAAUGACGGUGGGCUGAAAAGUAUGUUUGACAUAACAUCUCUGCUGGCAUUCUGGAUCAAAGUCAAGGCUGAAUAUCCUGAGAUAGCCACGAAAGCACUGAAAACGUUGCUUCCAAUUCCAACAUCAUAUCUCUGUGAAGCAGAGUUUUCUGCAAUGAAUGCAACGAAAACUAAAUUGUGGAAUAGACUGGACAUAAGGAUCUCCCUUACGACUUAUAAUUGACUUACCACUAUAUUCAUGCGAGGAAAAUAUGCGCUGUGUGUUUAACAUUAAAUUCGUUAGAUAAACCCUUUUAGAAACAAAAUUGAGUGUAUUAGCUACUGAUAAGUGACUCAUAGUUGAAUUAGCACCAAUAUUCCGGUCGUGAUUAACACACCACCCCCCCCCCCCCCCAGUCGGCCAGUCUGCGAGAAUAUUGUCAAUAUUAAACCGAUCCGUAGUGCAAAAAAGGUUGGAGACCCCUGGCUUAUAGGUUAAAUGUCAAAGAGCUGUCCAGUCUGUGUUAUAUUGCAGCCUUCUUCAGUCAUGCACAUAAUCACUAAUUGGGAACAUGACUUAAAGUUUGCUUAUUGCAAAGGUCAAAGCAGUCAAUAAAAUUAUAAAUAACUGUUCUGGUAGCACUGAUCCCGUGUAGAAUAUCACUCACAGCCUUCUGGUUCUAAAUAGGCAUGCCUUGCUGUUUUAGCCAUUCCUAAAUUACAGCUGUUUGUCUUCUAACUCAGUAUGCCUUAACCUGUGUCACAAGCUUACCCUAAAGAACACUAUCAAAAACCUGAAAAUCCUAGCACACAAUAUUUUUCAUUCUCCUUGUUCCUCUGCAAUCUAUGCUGAUUUUUAAUUUUUUUUUGUUUCUAGAUGUUCUAUUUUUAUUUUGGAACAAAUUGUUAUCUUUAACUGAUGUUAAGCAAAGGACUGUAACUCCCAAGUUUUGUUCCAAUCUGCUUUUGCAUAUAGAACUAUAUCAACUGUCCUCUAGUGUGAGCUCUCUUUAAUGGAACCCCUGAAAGUUUCUACUAAUAAACAACUUGUAUUUUUUUUAAGAAUUUUUCAUAUUAAUUUUAGCCCCUAAUACACGUUUGACUUGGUGACAAGUUAUGAAACUGACUGUCUUGGUGCAAAGGAAGGCACAUGCAAUUGUAAUUAACAUAGAAAACCUACAGCACUAUACAGGCCCUUCGGCCCACAAAGCUGUGCUGAAAAUGUUCUUACCUAAGAAAUUACCCAGGGUUACCCAUUGCCCUCAAGUUUUUUCUGAGCACCAUAUACCUGUCCAGGAGUCUCUUAAAAGACCUUAUCAUAUCUGCCUCCACCACCGUCACCGGCAGCCCAUUCCGCACACUCACCACUCUCUGCGUUUAAAAUAAUAAUAAUAAUAAUAAUACUUACCCCUGAUAUCUCCUCUGUACCUACUUCCAAGCAUCUUAAAACUGUGCCCUCCCGUGCAAGCAAUUUCAGACCUGGGAAAAAGCCUCUGACUAUCCACACGAUUAAUGCCUGUCAUCAGCUUAUACACCUCUAUCAGGUCACUUCUCAUCCUCCAUUGCUCCAAGGAAAAAAGGACAAGUUCACUCAACCUAUUCUCAUAAGGCAUGCUCCCCAAUCUAGACAACAUCCUUGUAAAUCUCCUCUGCACCCUUUCUGUGGUUUCCACAUCCUUCCUGUAGUAGGCGACCAGAACUAAGCACAGUACUGCAAGUGGGAUCUGACCAGGGUCCUAUAUAGCUGCAACAUUACCUCUCGACUCCUAAAUUCAAUUCCACGAUUAAUGAAGGCCAAUGCGCCGUAUGCCUUCUUAACCACAGAGUCAACCUGCACAGCAGCUUUGAGUGUCCUAUGGACUCGGACCCCAAGAUCCCUCUGAUCCUCCACACUGCCAAGAGUCUUACCAUUAAUUCUAUAUUCUGUCAUCAUAUUUGACCUACCAAAAUGAACUACCUCAUACUUACCUGGGUUGAACUCCAUCUGUCACUUCUCAGCCUAGUUUUGCAUCCUAUCAAUGUCCCGCUGUAACCUCUGACAGCCCUCUACACUAUCCACAACACCUCCAACCUUUGUGUCAUCAGCCAAUUUACUAACCCAUCCCUCCACUUCUUCAUCCAGGUCAUUUGUAAACAUCACAAAGAGUAGGGGUCCCAGAACAGAUCCCUGAGGCACAACAUGGGUGACCGACCUCCAUGCAGAAUAUGACCCAUCUACAACCACUCUUUGCCUUCUGUGGGUAAGCAGGUUCUGGAUCCACAAAGCAAUUUCCCCUUGGAUCCCAUGCCCCUUUACUUUCUCAAUAAGCCUUGCAUUGGGUACCUUGUCAAAUGCCUUGCUGAAAUCCAUAUACACUAUAUCUACUUCUCUGCCAUUAUCAAUGUGUUUAGUCACAUCCUCAAAAAAUUCAAUUUGGCUCAUAAGGCAUGACCCGCCUUUCACAAAGCCAUGUUGACUAUUCCUAAUCAUAUUAUGCCUCUCCAGAUGUUCAUAAAUCCUCCCUCUCAGGAUCUUCUCCAUCAACUUACCAAACCACUGAAGUAAGACUCACUGGUCUAUAAUUUCCUGGACUAUCUCUACUCCCUUUCUUGAAUAAGGGAACAACAUCCGCAACCCUCCAAUCCUCCAGAACCUCUCCAGUCCCUAUUGAUGAUGCAAAGAUCAUCGCCAGAGGCUCAGCAAUCUCCUCCCAUGCCUCCCACGGUAGCCUGGGUUACAUCUCGUCAAGUCCCGGUGACUUAUCCAACUUGAUGCUUUCCAAAAGCUUCUGUACAUCCUCUUUCUUAAUAUCUACAAGCUCAAGCUUUUCAGUCCGUUGCAAGUCAUCACUACAAGUGCCAAGAUCCUUUUCUGUAGUGAAUACUGAAGCAAAGUACUCGUUAAGUUCCUUUGCUAUCUUCUCCAGUUCCAUACACACUUUUCCACUGUCACACUUGAUUGGUCCUAUUCUCUCACAUUUUAUCCUCUUGCUCUUAACAUACUUGUAGAAUGCCUUAAGGUUUUCCUUAAUCCUGUUGCCAAGUCCUUCUCGUGCACCCUUCUGGCUCUCUUAAUUUCUUUCUUGAGCUCCUUCUUGUUAGCCGGAUAAUCUUCUAGUUCUCUGUCAUUAUCUAGCUUUUUGAACCUUUCGUAAGCUCUUCUUUUCUUCUUGACUAGAUUUACAACAGCUUUUAUACACCUUGGUUUCUGUACCUGACCAUCCUUUCCCAGUCUCAUUGGAAAAUACCUAUGGAGAACUCCACGCUAUUAUCCCCUGAAUAUUUGCCAUGUUUCUUCUGUACAUUUCCCUGAGAACAUCUGUUUCCAGUGUAUGCUUCGAAGUUCCUGCCUGAUGGCAUCAUAUUUCCCCUUACUCCAAUUAAGUGCUUUCCUAACUUGUCUGUUCCUAUCCCUCUGCAAUGUAAAGGAGAUAGAAUUGUGAUCACUUUCUCCGAAAUGCUCUCCCACUGAGAGAUCUGACACUUGACCAGGUUCAUUUCCCAAUACCAGAUCAAGUACAGCCUCUCCUCUUGUAGGCUUAUCUACAUACUGUGUCUAGAAACCUCCUUGAACUCACCUAACAAACUCCACCCUUUCUGAACCCCUUGCUCUAGGUACAUGCCAAUCAAUAUUUGGGAAAUUAAAAUCUCCCACCACGACAACCCUGUUAUUAUUACACCUUUCCAGAAUCUGUCUCCUUAUCUGCUCCUCGAUAUCCCUGUUACUAUUGGGUGGACUAUAAAAAAAACACCCAGUAAAGUUAUUGACCCCUUCCUAUUUCUAACUUCCACCCACAGAGACUCCGUAGACAAUCCCUCCAUGUCUCCCUCCUUUUCUGCAGCUGUGACACUAUCUCUGAUCAACAGGGCCACGCCCCACCUCUUUUGCCUCCUUCCCUGUCCUUUCUGAAACAUCUAAAGCCUGACACUCGAAGUAACCAUUCCUGCCCCUGAGCCAUCCAAGUCUCUGCAACCGCCACAACGUCAUAGCUCCAAGUACUGAUCUACGCUCUAAGCUCAUCCGCUUUGUUCACGAUACUCCUUGUAUUAAAACAGACACCUCUCAAACUUCAGUCUGAGCACAUCCCUUUUCUGUCACCUGCCUAUCCUCCAUCUCGCACUGUCUCCAAGCUUUCUCUAUUUGUGAGCCAACCACGUCUUCCCCAGUCUCUUCAGUUUGGUCCCCACCCCCCAGCAAUCCUAGUUUAAACUCCCCCAGUAGCCUUAGCAAACCUCCCCUGGGAUUCAAGUACAACCCAUCCUUUUUGUACAGGUCACUUCUGCCCCAAAAGAGGUCCCAAUGAUCCAGAAAUCUGAAUCCCUGCUCCCGCUCCAAUCCCUCAGCCACGCAUUUAUCCUCCACUUCACUCUAUUCCUAUACUCUCCUGCGUGGCACAGGCAAAAGUCCUGAGAUGACUACCUUUGUGGUCCUGCUUCUCAUCUUCCUUCCUAACUCCCUGUAGUCUGCUUUCAGGACCAAAUCCCUUUACCUGCCUCUGUCAUUGGUUCCAAUAUAUACCAGGACCUCUGGCUGUUCUCCUUCCCACUUCAGGAUAUCUUGGACACGAUCAGAAACAUCCCAGACCCUGGCACCUGGGAGGCAAAUACUAUCCGUGCUUCUUUCCUGCGUCCACAAAAUCUCCUGUCUGACCUCCUAACUAUAGUCCCUGUCACUGCUGCCAUCCUCUUCCUUUCCAUACCCUCCUGAGCCAGAGGACCAGACUCUCUGCCAGAGGUGCAGCCACUGUUGCUUCCCCCUGGUAGGCCGUUUCCCCAGUAAUCAAGUAGGAGUACUUGUUGUCAAGGGAUGCAGCCACAGGGGUGCUCUCUAGUCUCUGACUCCUGCCCUUCUCUCUCCUGACUGUUACCCACUUAUCUGUCUCCCCAGGCCCUGUUGUGACUACCUGACUAUAGCUCUUCUCUAUCACCUCCUCACUCUCCCUGACCAGAUAAAGGUUAUCAAGCUGCAUCUCCAGUUCCCUAACACAAUCCCUAAGGAGCUGCAGCUCGACACACCUGUCGCAGGUGUGGUCAUCCGGGAGGCUGGGAGUCUCCCGGACCUCCCACAUCUGACACCGAGCACAGAAAACCGGCCUCAUACAAGUACUUCCUGUCUGUGUUCUACUCAGGCAACCUCACCUCGACCCAUUAUCACCGAAGCCCCGUUGAGCCAAAGCCUUCCUGCACUGUCUCCCUCUACUCUGUCGCCCACUCUAUAAGAUGUCUUCAUUUAAACUCUUCUCGCUGUUCUCACUGGCUGACAUCCAUGCGCUUGCGCAAUCAUGCCCUGAUCAAACCGCUUAAGAAAUAACCCUCAAACCGCUAAAGAAAUAACCAUAAGAAUUAAACAUAAUUUCUCUUGUGAGAUGAUAAUGAGCAAUGGAAUUAGCUGCUAUAUGGGCAGUAGAGACAAUGGGAUGAAUUUAAAUUGAGCUUUUUAUUAUCUUUAUCAAAUCCAUUUUGCUCUUCAUCUUUACUGCCUAUGUGUAGUCUCUGCUGUGUUAUCUUGGUAUGCCCAUUGUUUUGGUUGCUGAGGUGGUAGCAUCAACCUUGUGUACCAGCUGUAGCUCUUGCUGAUUGACGUUGUACACCUGGUACUACUUGGUCUAAAUAGCACAUGACCAAUCUGUCCCAUCAUGAUAUUUUUCCUAAGACACCCCUUGGGCUUGUUGAUUCUUCACUUUAAAUACCGGUUCCCUGAGCUAGAAAACUUAGUAUUAAAUGCAACAAUAUCACUAGAUUUUCUGCUUGCAUAUAGAAAUUGCACUCAAAAUGCUCCAAAGGUCAAACAACAGUUGUGGAGAAAGAAAUAACAUUUCAGGUCAGUGCUCUAACUUCAUGAAAGGUCGUCAACAUAAAAUGUUAACACCAUCGCUCUCCAUUAAUGCUACCUAAUUUGCUGAGUAUAUUCGGCAUAUUUUUUGUUUGAUUAUAGAACAUGAUGCAGUACAGCACCCGAACAGGCCAUUUGGCCCACAAUGUUGUGCUGAGCCAAGUAAAUUAGUAAUCAAAUGGCCAACUAAACUAAUCAUUUCUGCCUACAUGGUGUAUCUCUCCCUCCAAUUUCCUUAUAUUCAUGUGCCUAUCUGAAUGGCUCUUAAAAGUCCUUAAUGUAUCUGUCUCUACCACUACCCCAGGUAAUGCAUUCCAGUUACCCACCACUCUCUAUGCAAAAAAAUAACCUGCCCCUCUUACCUUAAAUGCAUGCCUUCUGGUAUUGAACCUUUCAGCUCCAGGGGAGAAUAGAUUCUGUCUGUUUAUUCUGUGCCUCUCAUAAUGUUGUAAACCUCUAUCAGACCUCACUUCAGCUUCUGCCUUUCCAGAGAAAUCAACCUGUUUCUCCAACCUCUCGUUAUAGCACAAGCCCUCUAGUCCAGGCAGCAUCCUGGUGAACCCCUUCCGCUCCCUCUCCAUUCUCUUUAUAAAGGGUGACCAGUUGGUAUGCAAUACUCUAGAUGUGGCCUAACUAGAGUUUUAUAACGCUGUAACAUAACUUCCUGGCUUUUGAACUCCGUGACUCAACCAAUGAAGGCAAGAAUGUCAUAUGCUUUCUUAACAACCCCAUCAACCUUUCAAGAGAGCUAUGAACUUGGACCCCAAGAUCAUCUGUUCAUCAAUAUUGUUAAGGGUCUUGCCCUUAACAGCGUACUAUUUCUUUACAUUUGACCUACCAAGGUGCAACACUUGAUAUUUGGCCAGGUUAAACUCCAUCUGCAACUGAUUUAUAUCCCGUUGUUUUCUUUGCCAGUCAUCUGUGUUAUCCACAACACCAUCAAUCUUUGAAUCAUCUGCAGACUUACUAACCCACCCACUUUCAUCCAGGUCAUUUAUAUACAUUUUAAACAGCAGAGGUCCCAGUAGUGAAGAAGGGUCUCGACCUGAAACGUUGAUUUUACUCUUUUCCAUAGAUACUGCUAGGCCUGCUGAGUUUCUCCAGUAUUCUGUGCAUGUUGUUUUGAUGUCCCAGUACAGAUUCGUGUGGAACACCACUAAUCACAGUCUGCAGCUAGAAUAAGUCCCUUCGACUACUAUCCUCUGUCAUGUAUGGGCAAGACAGUUCUGAAUCCAAACAGCCAGUUCACCAUGGAUCGCAUGCAUUUAAUCUUCUGAAUGAGCUGCCCAUGAGGGACAUUACUAAAAUCCAUGUAGACAACAUCCACAGCUCCACCUUCAUCAUCAUCCUUGUCACCUAAUCAAAAAACUUCAAGUUAGUAAGACACAACUUGCCCUGCACAAAGCUGUGCUGGUUCUCCCUAAUUAGGUCAUCGUUUUCCAAAUGUUCGUAAAUGCUAUCCCUAAGAAUUCUCUCCAGUAAAAGUUCCCUAUCACUGGCAUGAGAUGCUGGUCUAUUGUUUCCAGGAUUAUCUUUAGUUGCCUUCUUGAACAUGGAACAUUAGCUAUUUGGCAGUCCUCUGGGGCCUCAUCUAUGAUUAAAAGGGACACAAAGAUAGUGAUCAAGGCCCAAGCAAUCUUUUCAACUUGCCUCUCUCAAACCUAAGGUAUAUCGCAUCAGUCCCCGGGAACAUCCACCUUAAUGCUCUUUAAGAGAUGCCUCCUCCUUAUUUCAAAAUGCUCUAGCAUAUUAAUACUCUUGGCACUGAAAUCCUUAUCCUCCACAUUCUUCUCCUUGAUAAAUACAGUGCUGAUAUAAAGUACACAUCCUCCACUAGGUGGAGUACCAUUGUAUAUGAAACUACAGAGUUUUUAAAUUAAAGCAGUGUUUAAGUUGUACAAGACCUGGUGUUGCAGUUGUAAUAGGGAUGUGAAAUUAGAAAUGUAAAAGAAAACUAAAUAUUUUCUUUUGCAGUAGAAAAAAAAUUGGUAAUCUGAUACUUUUAAAAUUAUGAAGUUGUAAUUUGUAAGUAUUUAAGGUGAUUGUUUCCAGUUGUCAGCAUGAUAACUCAGAAUGCAAGUUUAAAAAAGAGAAAAUUAAUCCAAACAUGAGGAAUUCUGCAAUCCAAGUAAUUUUAAAGGCGUUUGAAUUCUUUGUACAAACCAUAAUUGAAAUGCAGCCAAUGCUCCCUCUAAGGUGUGUGCAUGCACUCAUCUUUUGCUGCUAGAGCACAAAGGAAUUUAAGCUGCGCACAAUAGAUGGUCACUCUCUACCUCGUUGGCAUGUAAAUUAUAUUUCAUGAUCGUACACAAUCACAUUUCCUUUUCUGGUUUCUGAUGUGGACGGUAUUAACAAUGAGGAGUUUGUGAUGAUAUGUCUGCAGAUUUUAGAACUGGCUUAUUUAUACUUUUUUUUAUUGAAGAGGUUAUUCAGUGCGCUCAUCUUGUUGUCUCUGGGCGAAAAAAUUGCACAGCACAAGAUUUUUGUGCACACUGGUCAUUACAAAUUAAAGGGAACAUUGAGUACAGCCGAUA